AUGGAUUCUGAUCGGCGUGGGCGUGUGCGUGUGGCGGUUCGUGGCAAGGCAGUACCAGUGGCACGGGGAGCGGCGGGGGGAGCUGAGGCAAUGGUGUUCGCAACGAGCGAUAAUGCUGGAGCAGCAGCUGCUGGCGCACACCGGGCAGACGCAGGUUUGGUGUCGUCCCUGGGUCGCAUGACUGAGGACGGCCAAUGGGCGCUGGACACGUGUCUCUCUGAGAGGCGUUGGCUGGCGUAUCUCAGCCAAACCAAGUCCACCCGGCCUGGAGGCGCUGAGGCGUUUGCGUGUCUCUAUGUCACAAAUGCCCAGAGGCGUGUCUUUGAGCGGCGGAACAACGCCUCGAUCACCGAUGCGUUCACCGCCCUGCCACGCAUGCCUGCUCCAAUCUACUGCCCCAAGGUGCUGGACUUGGACAGCAAGUCAGAGGCUGCUUUCCUGUCUGACGCCCUGCAGGCCUUCCCCUCAGAGCUUGCUCUCGUGCGUGCCUCAGCCAAGGAGACAUUCACGCUGCCCUACGCCACCACCGCCACUAGCACUGCUGGUCUGGGGGUGGUGUUCCCGGUGCUGCAGCAGCACCCCUUCCCCACGUCCCCCUUGCAGCAGCAGCAGGCACAGGCAGCAGUGGUGGGAGCAGUGACCACCACCAUCAACCUCACUGCUGUCGUGCAGAGCGUGCUCGCUGAGAUCUUCUCAUCCUCCACUCCAUCCACACGCUCCGACCGAUCAUUUGAGCUCUACGAUACGACAGACCCUGCCGCCCCGCUCAUGCUUGCCGGCCCCACGCCGCUGCUCUUCCAGCCGCAGCCCGGCCAGCCGGUCGCCCCGCUGCUGCCGCUGCCCCCCUCGGUGCUGCGCGUAUGGGAGAAGCGGGCAAUUGUGAACCUCACGCUGCCAAGUGCUGGGCCCAGGCGCUACCAAGUGUGGUGCAGGUUCACGGAGCCCCCGUCUCGGUUUGAAGAGUAUGUUCCGCCGACCCUCUUCACCCUGCUGGUGCUGGCGCUGGUAGCGCUGGUGGCGGUGGUGGCGUCCCUGCAGCGGCGGCAGUACGAGCAGAGCAGGCGGGCAGCAGUGGAGGCGGAUGCGAUGAGGGCGGAGGCGGAGGGGGCGGAGAGGAGCAAGAGCUGCUUUGUCGCGAGCAUGACUCAUGAGCUGCGCACUCCCAUGCUUGGCAUCAUCGGCAUGCUAGACGUGCUCUCGGACUCACAUCUUUCUAGCAACCAGCUCUCAGACUUAAGCACAGCGCACACCUCUGCCCUCAAGGUGCUGAAGCUGGUGAACCAGGUGCUGGACCUCUCCAAGCUGGAGGCGGGGCGGCUGCAGCUGGAGCCGGGCGGGUUUGACGUGCACGCGUGGGUGGAGGGGGAGGUGGGCUGGCGGUGGGCGGAGGCGCAAGAGAGGAACUUGCACUUGGCAGCAGUAGUGGACGCCGAUGUGCCGCCUCAGCUGGUGGGGGAUCAACUGCGCCUCGCCCAAGUGCUCUCUCAAGUCAUGGACUACGCCUUGUCAUUCACACCGCACGGGGGCUACGUGCUGGUGCGGGUGGCUGUGGUGGAUGCUCAUGUGCCCAUGGCUCAGCUGGCUCAGUGGAACGCGUCCUGUGCUGCAGCCAGCAGCGCGAGGGUGACUACACUGAUAGGCUCAGACGAUGUGACUAUAACAGGGGAUGCUGACGCAGCAGCAGCAGCAGCAGCAGCAACGGCUUGCUUUGCUGGCAGUGCUGGGCUGUGCGGAGAGAAGCAGAGCUGUUGUCAAGCUAUGGCUGCUCGCAAUACGCUCAAUACGCGCAAACGGCCAGGAUAUGGCAAAAGUAGUGUGUGUGACUGUAGAGGAGUAGAACCAUGCAACCUUCGUGGUCCCUGCAUACGUGGUAACUGUACAAGCGGCAUCAGUGGUAACCGUAUUAUGGGUGGUAGUAGUAACCAUACAGUCCACGUGGAUUGUGACUGUCACUACGGCGGAAGAAGGAGAGCAGCAGCAGGCGGGGCAAUGCAGCUGGUGGUGACGUGUGAGCACAGCGGGUGUGACAACAGCGAGACCAUGAAUGGAUUCAUGUUUCGAUUUGAGGAGAUGCGUAGCUUGCAGGAGGGAGCUGAGGAAGCUGCUGCGAAGCUCAGCCUUGUGUUAGCUAAGCAACUGGUGACUCUAAUGAAGGGUGACAUGAGCUGCAAGGUCGACCCUGUUACAGGAACAGCUUUCACCCUCGCCAUACCCAUACUCUCUGCUCCACCACAGCUGCCCCAGACAAGCCUUUCUUCAACAGCCCUCCACCAGAUCAACCUGUCUCAUACAAGCCUGCCCUUUUUAAAAGCCGUUUUUCCGGCUGCCACUCCUGCCACUGCACCUGCUGCCGAUGCCGCGCCUUCUGCUCAAGUGGACGGCUGGGAGAACCAUGGAACCAUGGCCAUGGGAGCCAUGGUUACCAUGAUGCUCGGCGGCAUGGGACGGGACCUUUCUGCAGACCUUUCUGGAGUGCUGGUGGUGGUGGCAGAUGGCCAGCCGGAGAGAGCAAAGCUGACUUCCCGUGUGUUGACACACUUAGGAGCAUCCGUGCUGCUGGCGAACGAUGAACAGGCAGCAGCUUCCUUCUUAGCCGAUUCUCACACCUCCCACCAACGAUCUUCACGUUCCCACUCGCACCAGCAGCACUUAGUUAAGUUGUGUGGGAAGCAGGUGGUGGUGGUAGUGAGCGGGGAGGCUGGCCUGAAGAGGUUCCAAGAGGCGUUUUCUCAACUGGUGCAACAGCAGCAGCAUGAGCAGCAGCAGCAACAAAUGGAGCUAGAGGAGCAAGAGCAGAAUCGCGCAGUUGUGUGCAGCACAAGUGAUCGCAGGAGAAGCAAAUUGCACGACUGCAUGUGCUGCACGCCACUGCACAGCCCGGCCCUGCCUGGCAUCGUGGUGCUUGUAGCAAAAGGGGGCCUUAGUGAAGGGGCCGACGAGGGCACGGAAACUAGGAAGGGAGCUGUUGGUGGUGGGGACAGAGGGGAGCAGCAGGGGGUUGGCAUGACAGAUGGACAGAAACGUGCUGAUGCUUUCACCACUGGCAGUAGUGAGGGGGAUAGUGAGGGCACGGAAAAUAGUAGGGAAGUUGUUGGUGGUGGAGACAGAGGGGAGCAGCAGGGGUUAGGCAUGGCAGAUGUAGAUGGACGUGCAAAUGGCAGUGAUGGCAGUUGUGCUGAUGCUGCUGCUGAAGCUGAGACUGAUGCUUGUUCUGAUGCAGGUUCUGAUGCUUGUUCUGAUGCAGGUUCUGAUGCUUGUUCUGAUGCAGGUUCCUUUUCUUUUCUCAAUAGUGCUGAUUGUGCUGAUGCUGGUGGUGCCGAAGCUAGUGGUGGUGCCGAAGCUAGUGGUGGUGCCGAAGCUAGUGGUGGUGCCGAAGCUAGUGGUGGUGCCGCAGAUAGUGGUGGUGCGGAAGCUAGUGCUGCUGUCAACGCUGACGCUCAUGCUGAUGCUGAUUCUGAUGCUGAUACCAGCAGGCAGAGCGAUUUCAAAGAGGCGGCCACGCAUGGAGAUUCCAGGGAGGAGGGUAUCGAUGGCCUUUGUAUCAGUCGGCUUGAAAGCAGUAUCGAGGAUAGGGAUGAAAGCAAUAUUGCGGAAGGGCGUGAAAACAAUCUGAAGGAGGGAGGUGAAAGCACUGUGGAGGAAGCGGUUGUGGGUGGCAAAGGCAUGGUUCCAGUGGUGCUGUGUCAGCGGCCUCUCUUCUCCCACCACCUGCUCUCUGCCAUUCAGACCAUACUCCUACACCAGCAUCGCCUGCACCACCCACCUUCUCCCUACCCAGCCGGAUCUCAGCAGUCAGCCACCACUGCUACUGCCAAUGUCACUGCCUCUGCCGCUGCCGCUGCCACUGCCACUGCUCCUGCUGUGGGCCCAGCCGCUUCCAUGCCAUCGCCAAUAACACUAACAGCAGCACUCACUCCGGCUGCAACCUCUGCUGCUACAGCCUCUGUUGCGACAGCUGUGCCUGCUGCUAUCCCCACUGAUGCUUCAAGUGGUGGUGGACGAUGCGGCGGUGAAUCUGCUGGUGGCGCGCCGCACUCUCUUUCCCCCCAACUUGACCCAACCCACCUCUCCCUGUCUGUCUCGUUCUCCUUCCCUCUCCUGUCGUUCCCUCACCAUCAGGUGGUGGACGAUGCGGCGGUGAAUCUGCUUGUGGCGCGCCGCACUCUCACUCGCAGCGGCGCCACCGUCGCCACCGCAGGCAGUGGGGAGGAGGCGCUGCGGCAAGUCAAGCUCGCUCUGGAGGACACUGCGGGGGCGGUGCAUGCACAUGUGGAUGUGGUGCUCAUGGACCUGCAGAUGCCCCUCAUGGACGGGUUCGCAGCCACAGCAGCCAUACGAGCACACGAGCAAGCCCUGCUUCGUCAUCCUGCAUCUCCACCAGAAGCCACAGCCAGAGCAGCAACGGCAGAUGCACAAUCAUGCACACAAGCAUCAGUCAACCCCGUCAUCCCUCGGCUCCUCAUAGUGGCUCUCACAGCAGAUGUGGAUGCUGAAAUCACUCAGCGCUGCCUUGCAAGUGGUUUUGAUGGCGUUUUGCAGAAGCCUGUCGACCCAAAGCUGCUGGCGCAACUGCUGCUCCGGCUUGGUUUCCCAAAGCUGUGUGCGCCAGGCUAG